AUGGGGAAGUCGCUGGAAGACUUGACGCCCGAGCAGAUUCAAAAGACGUUCUCGGUGAAUACACUGGCGCAUUUCUGGACAGUAAAGGCAGCGCUACCGUCCAUGAAGAGAGCGUCAGAAGCGUUGCUAGUGACCGUAUCGUCCGUUAUGGGGAUGACGAGCAGCGCUGGAUUGACCGACUACUGCGCGAGUAAAGCUGCAGUGAAUGCCUUUCACGAAGCUCUCCGCUUGGAGCUGUGGCGGGACAAUGUCAAGUCGAUUCGGACGCUGUUGGUUUGUCCUGCUGCUGUGGACACGGGGAUGUUUGCUGGAGUCUUGAGUGCGGAUGACUGGGCUCUACGGUUCUCGCGCUUGUGCAUUCCGAUGCUGUCAGAGUCUGAAGUGGCUGCUACGAUCUACUGCUCGAUGCGGCGUGGUGACGAGUUGUUGGUGUCGUGCUUCUCGGGGUGGAGAGGGGUUGCGUUGUCGUGGGCACCCCUCUUAUCACGAGCUCUACCGGUACCGCUGUAUGAUAUUGUAGUGCGCUUAGGUGGAGGUUUAAAUGGUAUGGACACGUUUGUCGGAAAACACAGUAGCAAAAGUGAGCAGGAAAAAGUCAAGGCAAACUAA